AUGCAAAGUUCCCUCACCAUGUCCGCCUCCACGGUGCGCUUUCGAUCCCGCACACCAGGACCGGAAGAUCACCGCUCUUUGCGUUCCAGUACCCUCGGCAACAGCUCAGACUGUAUCUACAGCCUUCUCGGGGACUCCCUAUCUGGCCUGAAUCUGCUGUCGCCGCAGUCACCUCACCGUCGAUAUCCCUACAAUGACCGACUUGCCACUAAUUGGUCCCAUCUCAAAAAUCAAAUUCCCGGCGACCACCCGGAUGCCGUCGACCUGCAUGGACGAAUGGGAGCAUACCCUGGCAGUGAGUUCACAGCGCCUUACACUAAAUUCCGUUCAAGCUGUUUAAGUAGUGAGUCAGUCGUAAGCACUGCAGUCUCCACAAUUCCUGUCACUGAGCUUUUUAAAACUCGUUUGUCUGUUUUCAUGUCGCUAAUGUCUGUAAAAACUCCAUCCAAUAAACUCAUGGUCAUAAACACUUGA